CACGGCCCUUGAGCUCCUCUCACCCCCAAGCGUGGCCCCUCGUUCUGCUCACCCCAUCCCCCAGCACAGCCCCUGCGCUCUCGUCUCUCCCAAACACGGCCCCUGAGCUCCCCCAUCCCUGUCCUCCCCCAAAACGGCUUUCAGGGCCUCCCCGCCACCCCUCAUCCCCAAACACGGAUCUUGGGCCUCCGUGUCCCCCCCAGACAGGGCUGUGCUGUCCCUGUGGCAGCAGCAGGAGCAGUGGGGCAGGUGGGGAUGGGGACCCACCUCUCCGAGGAGCUGGCUGUCACCACUGUCUGCCUGCCCUGUGCCCCUGUGUCAGCUCCCUGUGGGACCCGUGUGUGACCUCCUGACAACUCCUUUCCAUCCCACCUCCAGCUGGUGGGAUCAAACCCUCCAGUGCCUGCCUUGGGCACCCACCACCCUCCACAGGACCCCCAGGACCACCACCCUUGGCCAACGGGUGCUCAUCCCAGCCUUCUCCAUGUCCGCAACCUCUGUCUUAUCCUUAAAUUUGCAGCAGGAGCCACUGCAGGCACUGCUGAUGGGACACCUUCCCAAAGGACUGGAGGGACAUGCCACCCUGGAGCAGGGAAGUCAGCAUCCACCAGCCAGCCAGAGCAGCCCUGCCCAGGGCUUGACCUCUCAGACCAUUCCUGCCUCUGAGGCAACAGUUGACAUCAGGAUGUUUCAACACAGCAAUGGCCCAAUGCAGAACCGCUCUGUGCAGACCUUCCCCUGCCUUCCCAGAGGAGUUUGUGUGGGGCUGUUUUGCUGUGUGACCCCCCACAAAUCACUUCCACCCUCUGCAGGUCCCCUGUGGCUCUGAGACCUGACCUGCAGAGGGUUCACAUCGGCCACCAUCAGAUGAGGACAUUGCCCACCCUCCCAGGCCCAUCCCUCACAUCCUGCAGUCAGUUCCCAAAACCCAGGCUCUUCUCUGGAUGAGACUUUUCUGGGCAGCAGAGCUUGGUGGGCUGCAAGCUUCCAACAGCAGCAGAGCCAAGCUCGUGGUCCUCCAAGAGCCGCUCCUCCUCCUCCUCUCUCUCCUCCCCCUGGUGCUGUCUCACCAUCAGGCUACAGCGACUUCCUGGCAUUGCACACAGGUCCUCACCAGCCGUUAGGAAAGAGCUUCUGGUUUCAGGGGUGGGGGACCUUGGAGAGGCUCAUCCUGGAAUGCCUCGGGUGGUCUUUAGCAAGGAGGUGAGCACACAGGAAAGCAUCCACUGAUGGAAAAUGUCGCAGAUGCAUCUGGAGGGGAGAGAUGCUGUCGUGAGACACCUGAGGGCAAAGUUCCAAGGGAUCAGGAAAGACCCUCCUGAAGCGGGGGGCUGGCCAGAGAGUCACCCUGCAGCACCCCAUGGACCAGAGCCAGGACAGACCCUUGCAAUGGGCUCCAAGGGCAAGCCUCCUCCAGAACCCCCCCGGACCAGGAGAGUGGACUACAGCAGGGCCUCUCCGUGCCACAGCACAGGUCAGAGUGUGGCACAGCAUUCCCCUCCUCAUCUCGCCCACGAGGCCCUGGCAUGGAUGGCACGGCAGAAGAAGGGGAUGGCUCAAGACACCAACUUCCACCGAGCACCCGCAAAGCCAGGAGGAGGAGAUGUGUUGAACAAGGAGGUGGGAGCAGGCCCUGAUCCUCCCCAGAGGAAGCCAGCCCAGCAGACACGGCCACUUGCCAAAGACAAGGGUGUUCCAGCAGUUCCUGCCAAAGGCACGGCGGUUGCAGCCCCCCUGGUUGCUGCAGGAAGCCCCCACCACCCAGGACUCCCAGCUCUGCCCCAGAGGAAGCCUUUGCCACCCAUGAGGGUGCUGGGGGUGAAGCCAGCCAAGCCCUGGCGCCCUCCUGUCGUGGAUUUGGCAAAGGUCAGAGCAGCUGCACGUCCUGGGACACCUCUCCAUCCUGCCACAGUGCCACCAAGGAGUGCUCAGCUGGGUCCCCUGAGACCAGGCUGUGCCGCGCCAGCGCCGGCGCGGUUCCCGCUGCAGGGUGCUCCGAGUGGAGCGGGGGAUGAAGAUGAGAUAUAUGAUGACGUUGAGUCUCUUGGGCCGCCCAGGAGAAACCCAGGCGCGCUGCUGCCUCCUGUGUCCCGGCCGCCAGCAAAUCCCCGCCCUAGAGGAGGUGGAGAUGCUGGCCGAGCCUCUCACAGGGUUACCUUGCUGGCAGCUGCACAGAGAGAAGCCCAGGUCUCCCAGAAGACAAAGACCAUGACACUCAAGGAAUGCAAGAAGGAAGAGAAGGCAGACAGGGAGUUUCAGAAGAAAUUCAAGUUCGAAGGCAGCAUCGACGUCCUGACUCGGAUGAUGGUCGACCCUGCAGCGACAGAGAAGAGGGGCGGGGGGAGGAAUCUGCCGCUGCGACGAGGAGAGAUCCUUGAUGUCAUUCAGUUUACCAAUCAGGAGCAAAUCCUCUGCCGGAACAGCCAGAGGAGGUAUGGCUACGUGCCCCGGGCCGUGAUGCUGCACCUGGACACUGACAUCUAUGAUGACGUUGAGAUUUAUGGCUGAGUGAUCCACGCUAAGGCCAAAGGCAUGAGGCAGCACCACAGAGACCUCCCCAGGGGCUGACACAUGCACAGCACCAGGCACCACGCUCCUGAUGGGAAAGGAGCUCUGCUUCCUCCGAGACAGCCUGCAAAUCCACCGUGACCCUGCCGGAGCAGCCGCUCAGCACGUGGGGCUGCACAGGUCCUGUCCCACGGGGCAGGGGGCCAGGGAUCCGAAAGUCACAACUUCACUGUGGCUUUGCUUUG